UCGCAAAGUCACGUGGCAUCUUAUGUAUUGGACGGCCGCUGCUGGCGCGUUUCAUAAUGGACGGCUAAAGGUGAAAAAUUCUUGAUGAUAAUACCAUUUUUUUUCUUCGUUUAUAAGUUUUCGUCAACACACACUUUAACGCUUUGUUGAAAUUCCAAUACCUAGGUCAAAGUAAAAAAAAAUGGUUCCAUUAUUGUUGGUGAUGAUUACCUCUUGUAUAGCUCUUGCUCAAAAAACGCCAUGCCACACGAGCAAAACUGUCUGCGAGGGUUCCGAGACCUUGACCUUGGUCAACAGCCAGCUCUUCUGCUGCGACGCGGGCUACAGCAUCCAGUGGAAAACUGACGUCAUCAACGGCACUUCUAAGACUGACUGCAUCUGCGAGAGGCAGUUUUACGUGACGGACUGCAUAGAAGACGAGGUUCAGUGUCGAGGCGCCACUAGUCUGGCGAUGGACGGUCGGAAAGCGAGGUGCUGUAAAAAUGGCGACAGCAUGACAAGCGCCAGUCGCGUGAUGAUUCAUGGGAUAACGACCACCUGCAAGUGUGUUCGUCAGAUCGAAAACAAAAAUUUCGGCGCUUUUAAUUUGGCGAACACGGCGACCAAAGAGCCCACCAUGAUGGAACAGCUGCAGUAUCUGGGCAGUCUGGGACUACUUCCGGAAGACAUGCAAGCCCAGGUGAACCUGAUGAACCCCAACCAGCGCAGCAGCAGUGGAAUAGGCUCGUGGGCCAUGAGCUUCCUGGAGGGCGUCGCACGCGGUGUCCAGCAAGCCUUGACUCCGAGUAACCAGACUACAGAAACAGGUACAAGCCGUCGAAGCAGACAUCGGGGACUGGGGAGCCCCGGGACAGGCAGCAAUGGACUCCCUGCCCCCCAGCCUUCACCGUCGAUGUCUAGCCCUUCCCAAAUGAUGCCUAGCCCUAAUCCAUCGCCAGUGAUGCCUAGCUCUGGUCCUUCCCAAAUGAUGCCUAACUCUAAUCCUUCACAAAUGAUGCCUAACUCUAAUCCUUCACAAAUGAUGCCUAACUCUAAUGCCUCUCCCAUGAUGGCGCCUAUGUUUGGCAUGCAAGGAAACAGAUUCCAGAGAAGAAUGCGCAGGCCCCAGCAACAACGCAACACUGGAUCUCCGGGAUUUUUCGGACAGAUGUUUAACUCUUUUUUCGGCCAAAAUUCUCAGCCAACCGGAAGUCCCCAGAGCAACUCGGUAUCGUCUGCAAACAACCCGCAAGCUAAUCCCUACAAUUCUAUUUCUGGGCGCAGACCUUAAGGGCACUCCCCGAUGACCUUAGCUGAGGUCCACGACAUCUUAUGGACCUUAGGUCUAUACCCAAAUGACGUAAACUGUGGUCUAUCUUCUAGAAGAUACUCUGAACCCUGGAUCAUUUGGUCCACAAUCAACUGUCUCUAACUUUAAAAGUCUUCGAAUAUUGCAACACUAAUGUCUUUUUAAAAGGACAGAUAGUUUAGUAAGGAAUUUGAGCUAUAAAUUAAAUAUCAUUUUUGUACCUUUUUAUUCGAUGCUAUUUUUGUUUGAUGGUUGUUGAAAUUCCUACAUUAUAGUUAUUAACACAAAGUUCUUCAAAAGUUAUCAGUGUCACAUCUGUUUAUACAUUCUAUUCAUGCUUUAUUCUAUUAUUCCAUAUAUUAGGUUUUCUUAUAAAUUACAGUGUAGUUUUAACAUGCUUGUGUAUAGUUCAUC